CCGCCGCUGCCGCCGCUGCCAGAGGCAGAUCCGAGAUAUAAAAGACCUGGCCGGGCGCCGGGCUCCGCUCUAGUCCUGCCGUGGCGAGAGGCCCACAGCGGAGCGACAGCAGCUUGGGGCUGGCCGAGGGCAACCCCAAUGCGUGGACUAUCCGCCGCUGCAGCAUGCUGGAGCUACAGUUCAGCUGAAGGGAGUUUGCACACGGCCGGCUGGGCUGGACUGCAGCGCUGCCGUUCCUUAUGAAGAAGGCACAAACUUGGAUUAUCACUUGCUUUUGUCUUCAACUACUCCUACUUAAUCCUCUUGUCAAAGCCCAGAGUUCCUGCGGGAAUCCAGUGACAGAUGAUGUAAAUGAUAUUGCAAAAUUGGUUGGAAAUCUUCCGAAUGAUUAUCUGAUAACCCUUAAAUAUGUCCCGAAGAUGGAUAGCCUGCCUAAUCACUGUUGGUUGCAUUUGAUGGUGCCUGAAUUUUCAAGGAGUCUACAUAGUCUUCUCCAGAAAUUUUCGGAUAUUUCCGAUAUGUCUGAUGUUUUAAGCAACUAUUCAAUCAUUAAUAACCUCACAAGGAUAAUAAAUGAUCUUAUGGCAUGUCUAGCUUUUGAUAAAAAUAAGGAUUUUAUAAAAGAAAAUGGUCACCUUUAUGAAGAAGAUCGCUUCAUUCCUGAGAAUUUCUUUAGGCUCUUUAAUAGUACCAUUGAGGUCUACAAGGAAUUUGCAGAUUCACUGGAUAAGAAUGAGUGCAUUAUGCCUUCAACUGUAGAAACACCAGAGAAUGAUUCCAGAGUCGCUGUCACAAAAACAAUUUCGUUUCCUCCUGUUGCUGCCAGCUCCCUUAGGAAUGACAGCAUUGGCAGUAAUACUAGCAGUAACAGUAACAAAGAGGCACUUGGCUUCAUUAGCAGCUCCAGCCUGCAAGGGAUCAGCAUAGCAUUGACAUCAUUGCUGUCUCUUAUCAUUGGGUUUAUUUUGGGAGCCAUAUACUGGAAGAAAACACAUCCUAAAUCCAGACCAGAAAGUAAUGAAACUACCCAGUGUCAUGGCUGUCAAGAGGAAAAUGAGAUAAGUAUGUUGCAGCAAAAAGCAAAAGAACAUCUACAAGUGUAGCUGUUGCUUUUUCUCCCUCAACACUGUUACUGUUUCAUGUACUGGCAGGUAACAGUUCCAUGUUUGCUUCAUAAAUGAAGCAGCUUUAAGCACAUUCAUAUUCCUUCUGGAGUGACAGACUGAGUCUGCAUCUGUUGUUGCUGCCCAUGACUCCACAGACAUGACAUAGAAAUGAGGACAAUUUUGUGUUUCUUACUGUGAAACCAACACUGAAUCGAACAACAAUAAGAAGAGUGUGCACUUAACAGGACUAUACCUUAUGUGAAUAUCUUCUUUGUGUGGCAUUUGGGGUUUUUAAUUGCAUUUGUACUUGCGUCUGACUCUGACAAAGAAAGUACAUGUCCAGAACAAAAAACAUCUUUCAAAUGCCUCUAACUAUAUGGAAACAUUGAAAAUCAUAAAUACCUUUGCAUCCUUAAUUUAAGUUCUGUGUCCUCUACCUUACCUUGGUGUCUUCAAAUGGAAUACUUUGAACUGAGAGAAAAUGCAGAAAUGGAUAUAAGAUAACGCACUCUUCAAUAUUGUAUAUAAAACUUGAAAGUAAAGUCAUGACGUGGACCAGUUUACUAGCGUUUCACUUAUAAAGAACUGGGUUUAUUCCUGGCAAAAGUCAUGUGUACAGUGACACGUGGCCUCUGUUGUAUGCCAAGUGGCUACAUGCCCACCACGGAAAGCCUCAAGAGUUCAUCAGCUUCGGUGGUGUCUGCUCAGGAGAAGCAAAUACUGGAUGAAGACAAAGUAAACAGGACAUUACAGUACAUCAUGGAGCUUUGAAGCAUUAGAAGCAACUGCUGGAGAUGUGAACACUGGUGAAAUUUCCAGCCAUACCAAGGGAAGGGAGAGUAAAGAGUCUGAAUUGCGUUCAAACAUCAUAAUAAAGACAAACCCAUGAAAUGCAUUUCAAAUGCUGAAUAUGCAUGCCAUUGGUAACUUGUUCUCAAAUGUAUAGCAUAGAAAAUCUGAAAGAUCCUGAGAGUGUAUUUAGCUUUUACUUACGUCAGCUGUAAUUAAUAUUUGCAUUGUGUUUUUAAUUAUUAGUAAGCUUUACUAUCCUGACAUUCUCCACUCCUAAGAUUAAUUCUCUUGAAACAAAAGAGAAAGGCUUUAAUUUCCACUUGUCUUCUACAACUACUGCUGCUGUAGCAUCCAUGAAAUCUUGUACAAGUUUGAUGUACAGGCAUUUUCAAGAAAAUCCUAAAAAUACUGUGAUAAAAGUUACAAGUACAGUUGUGCAUCUUUUCAUCUUCACUCUUUCUAGAUAAUGGUAAUGAAUCAUUUAUCUGUAUUAGAGGUUUCUACUUUAGAAUGUAAGGGUGGUUCACUUCAGAUGACAAACUGCCAUCCGUCAUCAAACUGGCUAUGUCAGUAAGAAUUUUAGUUUGAGUUACUUGAAAAUGUUGAAAAAAUAAAAAUAAAACAAGGAACACCUUAUUCAUGUUUUGGAGAAAGUUGGAGUUCUCUCUAAAGUAUAGUCUGACUUCACUGUAAAAUCAUAACAUUUCCUGAGUUGGAAGGGACCUCUGAGGAUCAUCAAGUCCUGACUCCACACAGGGCAAUUUAAGAGGCAAACAAUAUGUCUAAUACCAUCAUCCAAAAUCUGCUGGUACACUGAUGGGAUUAAUUUUGAAAGAAUUUUUGUGGAAUUUUUAAUCAUCUGAUAAAUUUUCUGAGAGCCACGCAUAGAAAGAGCAUAACAUAUGUGUAAUAUAAUGUGUGUGUGUGUGUGUGUGUGUAUUAUUGGUAAAACUGUUUUGGCUUUCAUACUCACUGAGAAAGAAAAACCUCAGGACUUUAUUGUGAUGACAGAGCUUAUAUGUGCAUUUAGCUACUUUUCUUGGAAUUUUGACACUACUGAGGUCAAUGGUGAAAUUUCUUUUGAAUUCACCUGUACCAGGAUUUGAUCACAUGGAUCUAAUUUUUUCCUUUCUUAUACUAAGGCCUGCCUGAGUGUCAGAAAAUAAUAUUUUGUCCACCCUGGGUAUCAGAAAAGUAUUCUCCAAUUUCAUUCAGUUGGUAUAAAUUAGCAUAGUCCCAUUAAUGCUAGCAGAGCUUUGAGGUUUUUAUAAUCUGAGGAAUGUAGCUUAAAUUAUGUGAAAAGAAGCUUGGUGAGAGAAUCAAACUUUCUUUUUUAUUCAGAAGUGCAGGAGCACUCACCACUUCAUGAGAAAUAAUAUAGAUUGCUCAUCACUUCUGCAAAUAAGGCUCAUUGCAAAUUUUAGAUUUGCAAAAAUUUGCCAAUGUAGUUCUUUACUCACUAGGCCUACGAACUGAAUAAAAGUUACCAUGAAAGAAAUGUCAGCAUGACCGAAGUUAUAGGAAAUGUGCACCUUAUGGGGUUUGUGAAGAAUACUGUAUGUAUGUUUUGUCAGAGCUCAAAAGUAUCAACCAACAAUAAGUGGAAGCCACUAUCCUUACAUAUUUUACA